AAAGACAAUAAGGCAAAAUAUGGUGGUAAUAAUAGUACCAUUAUAUCGCGAAUGCAACCAGUGCAACAGGAUCCGGUGGUACCACGGGUCGAUCAACAACACAUUUCCGCAUCUGAAAGAUCUAACAGAUCUAAUUCGUUCAUUCGAACAUAUGAUCAGUGCUCGCGUCGCCAGUCUUUUCCAAUUCUGCAUAGCGGAGCAAUUUUCCGGAACGGCAUUAUUCAGCUUCUAUCUCAAGGCCUUGAUCCAUUACAGGAAGGCACUGAUGAAGACAUAUUUAAAUUAUAA